AUGGUGAAAACUAGAGGAGGGUCUGUCAGUGUCGGAUGCACUUUCAGGUUUAGAGAUGAAGAGGAUGAAGACGUUCAGGUCGUCGAACCUUCCACCAAAUCAUCCAGAAAGAGAACUGGAACUCGUGGUGGAAAAACGAAGCAGUCUGCAAAGAGGAAGCAGAAUGCUCAAACUGGUGAGCCAUCUGUUGAACCAUCUGUUGAGCAGAUGGUGGAGCAUCAAACUAAAGAGCAUCCAGUUGUGGCUGCAGAGAAAAAUGCUGGGGAACAGCAAACUGCAGAACCUUCUACCAGGAAGUCACCAAGGACAAAGUCUGGUGUUCAAAAUACUGUGCCAACCGAUCAACGCAGUGAAAAGAGAAAACGUCCUACCAAUAACAAGGGAAAGACUCCAGCAACUAAAGAAGAAACUGAAGAGGAUUAUGAUGAGGACACUGAAGAGGAACAAGUUGAUCCUGCUCAAUUUCGCCUAGUAAGGAGGAGGCUUGGAUCGUCAAAGAUUACCAUUUAG